GGCGUCAGCUGGACUGCGCUGGCGGGCACGUGACGCGGGGCGGAGCCGAGCCGGCCAGGGAGUGGGAAGCGACCGCGGGGAGGGAAGCAAACGGCGGGACCAGCGGCGGCAGUAGCAGCAGCAUGGCCGCGCUCUACGGGGGUGUAGAGGGGGGAGGCACACAGUCCAAGGUCCUUUUACUCUCAGAGGAUGGGCAGAUCCUGGCAGAAGCAGAAGGACUGAGCACAAACCACUGGCUGAUCGGGACAGACAAGUGUGUGGAGAGAAUCAACGAGAUGGUGAACAGGGCCAAACGGAAAGCAGGGGUGGAUCCUCUGGUACCUCUGCGAAGCCUGGGCCUAUCCCUGAGCGGUGGGGAGCAGGAGGAUGCGGUGAGGAUCCUGGUGGAGGAGCUGAGGGACCGAUUUCCCUACCUGAGCGAAAGCUACUUAAUCACCACCGACGCGGCCGGCUCCAUCGCCACAGCUACGCCGGAUGGUGGGAUCGUGCUCAUCGCUGGGACGGGCUCCAACUGCAGGCUCAUCAACCCUGAUGGCUCUGAGAGUGGCUGUGGCGGCUGGGGCCAUAUGAUGGGAGAUGAGGGUUCAGCCUACUGGAUCGCACACCAAGCUGUGAAGAUUGUGUUUGACUCCAUCGACAACCUGGAGGCGGCUCCUCAUGAUAUCGGCCACGUCAAACAGGCCAUGUUUAACUACUUCCAGGUGCCAGACCGGCUGGGAAUACUCACUCACCUGUAUAGGGACUUUGAUAAAUGCAGGUUUGCUGGGUUUUGCCGGAAAAUUGCAGAAGGUGCUCAGCAGGGAGACCCCCUUUCCCGUUAUAUAUUCAGGAAGGCUGGGGAGAUGCUGGGUAGACACGUUGUAGCUGUGUUGCCUGAGAUCGAUCCGGUCCUGUUCCAAGGCGAAAUUGGUCUCCCCAUCCUGUGUGUGGGCUCUGUGUGGAAGAGCUGGGAACUGCUGAAGGAAGGUUUUCUCUUGGCGAUGACUCAGGGCAGAGAGAUCCAGGCUCAGAACUUCUUCUCCAGCUUCACCCUGAUGAAGCUCAGGCACUCCUCCGCUCUGGGCGGGGCGAGCCUAGGGGCCAGGCACAUCGGGCACCUGCUCCCCAUGGACUACAACGUCAAUGCCAUUGCCUUCUACUCCUACACCUUCUCCUAGGGGGCUGGCCCAGCUCUACCCACUCUAAGCCCAGUGGACAAUGGGUCUGGAAGGAAGGAGACUUUUUUCUUCCUUUUUCCUUUUUAAAAACAAAAACACAUAUAGAAGAAAAUAAAUGCACUUUACCCACUCCCCAA